AUCACCGCAGGUUUGGAGUUCAUUGGGGUUCAGUCUAGUGACUAAAACAUGGCUUCACUUGGCAUCGUCAGCCUAACUUCUACCUUGUUCCUUGUGUUGGCUCUUGCUACCAGAGCUUCUUCUUCUAAAUUACUAUCUCCAAAUUACUAUGAUUAUGUGUGUCCCAAAGCUUUACCAACUAUCAAACGAGUUGUUGAGGCUGCAGUUUACAACGAAAGACGCAUGGGUGCUUCUCUACUACGUCUACACUUCCAUGAUUGUUUUGUCAAUGGUUGUGAUGCAUCAAUUCUUUUGGAUUCAACAUCCGCCUUUGAUAGUGAAAAGAAUGCGAACCCUAACAUCAACUCAAUUAGAGGAUUUGAAGUUAUUGACCGAAUCAAGUUGGAAGUGGACAAAGCCUGUGGACGUCCGGUGGUCUCUUGCGCAGAUAUCGUAGCAGUAGCAGCUCGUGAUUCCGUGGUUGCGCUAGGAGGGCCAACAUGGGCGGUGCAGCUAGGGAGAAGAGACUCGACCACAGCUAGCAAAACCACCGCGAACAAUGACAUCCCAGCACCGUUUAUGGACCUCCCAGACCUAAUCAACAGUUUUAAAAAACAUGGUUUAAAUAAGAAAGACCUUGUAGUUCUCUCUGGAGCCCACACUAUAGGGUUUGCACAGUGUUUUACCUUCAAAGACAGAAUCUACAAUGAAACUAACAUUGACCCUAAAUUUGCACGAGAACGCAAAUUAACAUGUCCACGCACUGGAGGUGACUCAAACCUUGCUCCUCUAAACCCAACUCCUUCAUACUUUGAUGCUAGAUACUAUAACGAUUUGUUGAAGAAAAGAGGGUUAUUUCACUCUGAUCAAGCACUCUUCAAUGGAGGCUCAACUGAUAGCUUGGUGAAGGCUUAUAGCUCAAAUGCCAAGGCUUUCUGGACAGAUUUUGCAAAUUCUAUGGUGAAGAUGGGGAAUAUAAAGCCAUUAACUGGAAAGCAAGGACAAAUUCGUUUGAAUUGCAGGAAGGUGAACUGAAAUGUUAAUUUGUUCUUUAAUUGGGUUGCAUAAUAUAGAAAUAUUUCUUUGAUUAUUAUUUCAAGCAAUGUGUUG